ACUUCCAGUUUCCUCGAGGAGUUUCCUCUACAGUGAGGGGCAGCACUGGUGAAAUCAGUUAGGUGGUGGAGUGGUGUUACCAAUUCAGUUCAAAUCUCCAGAGGGGAAAUAACAUCUCUUUAGUCUUUUAGAUUUAAUCGUUUUGUGGUCAAGAUGGCAAAACUAGUCGUUUUGCUUUUAUGCUGCACCCUGGUCAGUUUGGUGGCCGGGCAGCACGCGCGAGACCGAGCCGGCCCGUGGACGCAGAGGAUCCAGUGGCAGAAUAACGGGCACGUUUACAGCUUAAUGAGUACGGGCACUGAGUACCACUCACCCAUACAGCCCAGGAGGGAGUCCCGCGUUUACCUGAGCAGCCGAAGCCAGGCGGCCAGUUCCUAUUCUCCUGGAGAAAUGCGAGACGCUUUCACGCACUACCGCGCAACGACGUCGAACUCAGGAUCCAGCGGAACGGCGUCCACUAUCAUGGGACCGGACGGCAGACACUACAGCCGCGCCACCGGUGCUAGGCACGCGAAUCUGGUCGCACAUCCACGGCAAGGACCUGCGGGGGCACCAGGCGCGAGACGGUACGCCACCGCACCAAACAACACAAAUUUAGCGUUAUUAUCAGAAUUCUCGGGUAGCGGCGUCCCGGGAAGAUCAACCUUGACCGCGGAGGUUGAUAAUAGUGCCAACCGGGUGGUCGGGUUGCCCAGUACAGACAUUCAAGAGCUGCAUCCUGAGAGCGCAGUGCGCGCAAACUUGGAGAGCUUGAGCACGCAACAAUCUUAUCCUGAUCCUGCGAUGACUGGGGAGGAGAGCGUGGGUCUAAUCGCCGCCACAGCGCCUGGUCCACUCGGAACAGGCGAGGAAGAAGCGACACCCGACAACAUGGUCGGCGACGACCCACGGAACCCACUGAAAAACCACAGGAAUACCGUUUUCUACAACGUGUAUCCAUCUGGCAGACGGGCUGGAAUUGCGCGCACGCGCCGUCCUCCGCCUGGAACUGGGUACGGCACGAGAUAUUUCCACAACGGUCUCCCGGAUCUCGUGCCAGAUCCGUACUCCAUUCAGGCUGGCUGCUAUGUACAGCGCACGCAGAUGUAUGCGCUCCGGUGCGCAGCUGAAGAGAACUGUCUCGCGCGGUCAGCUUAUAGGCCAACAGUUAGGGACCUGGACUACAGGGUUCUGCUACGCUUCCCUCAGAGGGUCCAAAACCUCGGCACAGCAGACUUCCUUCCUGUAAAACCCAGACACCAAUGGGAAUGGCACAGCUGUCAUCAGCAUUACCACAGCAUGGACGCGUUCAGUCUCUAUGAUCUGUUGGACAUAAACACUGGCCGUAAGGUGGCAGAGGGACACAAAGCCAGCUUCUGUCUGGAGGACACUGGCUGUAACCCAGGCUUCCGUCGUCGCUACGCUUGCACUGCACACACACAGGGAUUGAGCCCCGGGUGCCAUGACACCUACGCUGCUAACAUUGAUUGCCAGUGGAUCGACAUCACGGACGUUCCUCCUGGUAACUACAUCCUUAAGAUCACAGUGAAUCCAAACUAUCUGGUACAAGAGUCUGAUUUCUCCAACAAUGUGGUGCGCUGUGAGGUUUUCUACAGCGGUCAUCACGUCCAGACUCGACAUUGCAGAAUAACCAGGAACUAAAAUCCUUCCCUUCACAUUUCUCCUUAUUUUGUAAGCUGGAAAUUUAUAUGUCGUUCCUUUCAUUAGACCAUUCAACAACAACAACAACAAAAAACUUGAAAUAUUGUUGGAAUAAUGUGUUAUACUAGUUGUACUGUAUGUGUAUUAUUUGCUUUAAUAUUUCUUUUUCAUUUUUAGUUGGAUAGAAUGUUGGUUGCGGUAUUUAGAAUUCAAGAAAUGGCAUUUUUCUAAUACAUUUAAUUUAUAGCUUGUUGGUCUGAAUAUGUGCUCCGUGUUAUUUGAUGUAUAGAUAAUUGCUUUUGAAUUCUUUGUAUUUAUUACACAUGAAAUUUGGUGUUCUUCCAUUUUUGUUUUCCUUUGAAGACCUGAGUAUUUCUUUUUUCUUUUUUUUUUCUACUUGUAUUUAAUUUCGGUGACUCCAGUGUAGACCACUAGAAACGGUAACUACAUGAAGUAUUUCAUUCAUGCUGCAUAAGAAUGCGAGGCAGCAUCCCAAAACAAAAAACAAAAAACCCCAACAACAACCAUGAAGUCUGACUGCGUGUAAUUCCCCAAUGCUUUCAUUAUUACAGGAGACAUUCCAUGGCUGAGGCUGUUUCCCUGAUACACAAUAAACAUUACAGACUCUAAAA